AAACUGCAGAGGUGCGCAUGCGCUAACGAUUCAUCUCUGCUGUCACCUGCUACUUGUGGUGCUGCAGACACGACCUACAGUUGUGUCCCAAUUACCUUGCGAAUACCCGUACUCUACCUGUCCAGGGACAGGACAGCGACUGGUGUAUACGGCAGGGUAUAUAUUUCACAGAAGUGUGUGGAACCGAUGUGAUGCUGGAGGAACAGGCUGAGGAGCACUGAGCUUCCCAUGGCCGUUAGCACCAUGGACUCUGAGUCAGCGCGGACACCGCAGCCUCAGGCUGCCCUGACUAAAGGAAGUUGUUCCCUGUUGCCUGCUGGGGCUCUGAGUGCUAUUGUGGACCAUCACGGGAAGCACUACGUCUGUGGUUCCAUUGCAGCUUUUACCAACAUUGUGGUGACCUUUCCCAUCCAGAAGGUGCUCUUUCGCCAGCAGCUGCAUGGAGUGUUGGCCACUGAGGCGGUGCGGCAGCUCCAGAGAGAUGGGCUGAGGAAUCUUUAUCGGGGUUUGCUGCCCCCACUGCUCCAGAAGAGCACUACAGUGGCCAUAAUGUUUGGCCUGUAUCAGGACUUCUCCAGAGUCUUACUAGACCUGGUCGAUGGCAGUGGUGUGCCGGAGCUUGUCACUCGUAGCUUUGCUGCAGCAUUGGCAGGAACCGCAGAGGCCAUCCUGACACCAUUUGAGCGUGUGCAGACUCUCCUACAAGACCAUCGGCACCACGGGCGCUUCAACAACACAGCCCACACCUUCCGAACACUUUUGUCUGAGUAUGGUGUGAGAGAGUGCUACCGUGGCCUUGUGCCCAUACUCCUCCGUAAUGGUCCUAGCAAUGUUCUCUUCUUUGGGCUCCGUGGGCCCAUCAAGGAGCAGCUCCCGGAGGCCACAAGCCGCGCAGGUCACUUGCUUAAUGAUUUUGUGUGUGGAGGGUUGUUGGGGGCAGCCCUUGGCAUCAUGUUCUACCCAUUAAAUGUGGUAAAGUCCCGUGCUCAGUCUCAGGUUGGUGGAGACUUCCAGCCUUGCAGGAAGGUGCUGCUAACAGUAUGGAGAGAAAGGGGUGGCAGUUUGGCCAUGCUCUUUAGAGGAGCCCACCUCAACUACCACCGUUCACUCCUCUCCUGGGGGAUCAUCAACGCAACUUACGAACUGCUGCUGAAGAUUAUGUGAAAAGGAGAAUAGAGAUGAGAUCUAGAGGGGAAGACACAGUAUGUGAAAUGUAAAGCCUGUAUGGAGAAAUGGAGCUAAUUUGUUGAGAAGAAAGGAAAUCAUAAAGUAAAGCCAAUGCACUUGCUGUCUGGCAUUGCUGUUGGAAUGCUAACAGCAACGAAGUUGCACUUCUGACAGGGGGCCAACAGUCAUUGUGAGAUAAACCGCCUGCCAUUGUUAAUAUUUACUGUUGUCAAAGUGUUGAAAAUAAAGUGCACGCUUUAUCCUAUACAGAACUUGUGCCAGGGUCCAAUUAAAAUGCCCUUGUUUGCUUAGUCUACAAAGUUUGGGGGAGCAAACUGAACUUUGGCGCCUUUUUGAUGAGUUCCAAGUAAAGUCUACUUUACUGGAUUAAGUGUUUUGUAGGAGGAGCUGUUCCUUCAUAUGUGCCCUGUGCUGUGGUGUGUCUUGUUGAGAAUAUCUAUAAUGUCUGUUUGACUAAGGGCACUUCCUCUGUGAGGCUUUUUUCUGCAUUGAUUGAUGUAAAUGUGAGUAAAGCACACAGUUACACCCAGA